GCCUUCUGUAUCCGACUCCAACCACUUCUUCUUCUUCUUCUUUUCUUCAUACACUCAUGUAAACUCUCUCAAGAAUUAGUUCGGUUUCCUUUACGGCUAACAUUACGGAGCUGGGGACGGCGUUGAUCGAGUCUCAUCCAACUCCAACAUCCGCAUCACAAUGGCUGAUCCUGCUGGACCUCCACCUCCGGGCUCGAGGGCCAUCAAGAUACCGGUCCACGUGAACAACAACACAGACUACAGACCGCUCAACCGCCGACGCCGCAGCGCACGCUACAUCAAGAACGCUGAACGAGCCGAGUCCUCGGACGCUGGCCCCUCCUCGCUAGGCUCCGAUCAAGAGUCUACCUCUGCCUGGUCAUACAACUCGCCGCCCGCACGGACCGAUCACUUCCGAAGUGUAGCUUCUCCAGGUCUAGGAAACCAAUUACCUCUCACCUCGACGCCGACCGGUAAUGUCGAUGUGGUUAUCCACGCAUCCGAGCGCAAGGACAAGCACAGAGCCGGCUAUCCUGCUCCUGCUCCAAGUGCGAUCUCCACCUUGUUUGGGCAGUCCUCGUCUCCUCUCGGCCCAUCGAUGCUGGCGUCUAGCUCGUACAAGUCGAUCAAUCUGAACUCAAUGCACGAUGACCCUGAUGAACCUCCUCGGUUGAUCACGUACACCAAGCACAGCCAAGGCUUUACAUGGAAUGACGAGCUGUUCCUGCCGAGUUACAUGCUUGGACGGUACGGGGAGCGAGGACGCAAAAAGCAAUAUGAUGGUGACUUUGGAGACGAGGAUCACUGUCCUGUGGCUGAAAUCUUCGUCACAGAUGAGGAGGCGGAGGCAAUGAUGCCGUAAAAUGAACGUCUGGUGGCUGCUGGAAAUACGAGAACGGUUGAAUGCAUUAUGGAUCUGGACAGCAAUAUGGAUACAUGGCGCUGGGCAACCGGAACCAAUAUAUGGCGUUACGACUGGCAAUCGGAGGGCUUAGGCUACCUGAAGAGAAUGAAUGAAACGGCGGGCAACACGAGAUAUGGAAUAUACUUUAUGGGCUGUAAGGAAUGGUUUUGGAAUUUCAGCUCAGCUUGGGGGGUGUUUGAUGGGUUUUGGAAUAAUGACUCUGGGGUUGGCGUGGAGGCCAUGGACAGGGGCAAGGGCAUAGUAUCUGCAGGCGAACGAGGAAAUGACAGUCUCAACUCAUUAGGAGUCCUAUUAUACAGCACUGAAAUCAGUCAUUGGAAGAUAUUCUCCACAUCGUAGUCUGCUUCGGUGGUCGCCUUGUCGGAAAGAUAGUAAUAUAUAUAUAUAUACAA